UAGUACUGCUUAUGUGCUACGACGAGAGUAUAUGAUGACAAUUCGAUUUUGGUUGUGUUGACUAGUACUUUCGCAACUGACAUCUCCGUCUUUUCACGUAGAACAAACGUUAAGAAUGGCAGGAACCUUGUACACGUACCCGGAAAAUUUCCGUGCAUACAAAGCACUGAUUGCGGCCGAAUUCUCCGGCGUUAAGGUUAAUGUUGCAUCAGAUUUUGAAUUUGGCGUAACAAAUAAAGCCGAGGCUUUUUUGAAAAAGUUCCCAUAUGGACAGGUUCCAGCCUACGAAACAAAUGACGGCAAAUACUUGACCGAAAGCAAUGCUAUCGCUUACUACGUUGCCAACGAUCAGUUGCGUGGAAAAACUGAUUUGGAACGUGCUCAAGUCGUCCAAUGGCUCAGCUUUGCUGAAAGCGAAAUUCUACCAUACUCAUCAGCUUGGGUCUUCCCAUUGUUGGGCAUCAUGCAAUACAAUAAAAACAAUGUCGAACGCGCAAAAGAAGACUCAAAAAAGGCUCUCAGCGUGUUGAACCAGCAUUUGCUCAACAACACGUUCUUGGUUGGCGAACGCAUCUCAUUGGCCGAUAUCGUUGUGUUCAGCAACUUGUUGAACUUGUAUCAAUACGUUUUGGAGCCAUCCGCACGUAAUGAAUACGGUAAUCUUACACGUUGGUUCAAGACCAUUUUGAAUCAACCACAAGUAUCGAAAGUAGUAAAGAAUUACCAAAUCGCUGAAAAGGCCAUCGAAUUCGACCCAAAGAAAUACGCCGAAUUCCAAGCUAAAUUAGGUAGCGGUGCAGCUAAACCACAAAAGGAACAACAACCCAAGAAGGAAAAAAAACCAGCUGCCGCACCAGCCCCGAAAAAAGAAAAGGAAGCCGCUGAAGAGCCAGACGCAACUGAACUCGCUCUCGCAGCUGAACCAAAACAAAAAGAUCCAUUCGAAACCUUGCCUAAGUCAUUGUUCAACUACGAUGACUUCAAACGUUGCUACUCAAACGAAGAUGAGGCUGUUUCCAUCAAGUACUUCUGGGACAAAUUUGAUGCUGAAAACAAUUCAAUUUGGUUCGGUGAAUACAAAUACAACGACGAAUUGGCUAAAGUUUUCAUGAGCUGCAAUUUGAUCACCGGUAUGUUCCAACGUCUCGACAAAAUGCGCAAACAUUCGUUCGCAUCGGUGUGUCUAUUCGGUGAAGACAACAACAGCACAAUCUCCGGUAUUUGGGUGUGGCGUGGCCAAGAUUUAGCGUUCACCUUGUCACCAGACUGGCAAAUCGAUUACGAUUGCUAUGAAUGGAAGAAACUCGAUGCAAAAUCGGAAGAAACAAAGAAAAUGGUUGAAAACUACUUCUCAUGGACCGGUACCGAUAAGGGAGGCCGCAAAUUCAAUCAAGGAAAAAUUUUCAAAUAAUUUCGAUGUUUGUUUUGUAUGCGAAUUUUCAAAACCGCAUUCAUUAUGUUGAACACUAAACUGGAUUGAAGAAGAAAAAAAAUCAUAUGAAAAUGCUGAAACAUUUGUACGAAGCAACAUACAUUCGAUUUUUCACUCAAAAUUUUAUGAAAUCAAUAAAAUUGAAAUAAAAAAACCCACA